AUGGACCUUAAGCAGAAAGAAAGUCACGGCGUCGACCAUGUCGAUGUUGCCAACAUGAACGACGCCCAUCUGCAACCUCCGGAGGCAACAACUAUACCCUGGUACAGACAGACACAGCUUAGGAAGCUUUAUUUCAACAUGGUGUUUCUCUUCCUAGGCUCGACAACCCUCGGGUAUGAUGCCAGCUUGUUAAACGGUCUCCAGACAAUGCAAUCAUGGCAGGGCUACUUUGACCAUCCGUCCGGAAGCCGACUCGGAAUCUUUGGCGCCAUGCCCGGUUUUGGCGGUCUCUUCGUCCUACUCUUCGCACCCUACAUUGCCGACGGUCUUGGCCGAAAAUGGGGCACGGCCAUCGGUUGCAUGGUUGUCAUAUUCGGCGCCCUGCUUCAAUCAUUCCCGGUGGGAGCCGGUACUAGGAGAGACGCAAUGUACCUCAUCGGCCGCUUCAUCAUGGGAGCUGGUUCGAAUAUUUCCAACGCCACCUGCCCUCUCUUGAUCACUGAGGUCGCUCAUCCACAGCAUAGGGGUAAGGUUACGACCCUGUACAACACUUUGUGGUACCUCGGAAGUAUCAUAUCGGCAUGGACCUGUUUCGGAACGCUUACGAACCAGUCUGGCAACAUCCAGUGGACGCUACCCACGGGUUUGCAGUGCAUGAUGCCAGGCAUUCAGUUGCUGUCCAUCUGGUUCCUCCCAGAGAGUCCGAGAUGGUUGAUCAGCAAAGGGAAAGAAGCCGAGGCCAAGAGAGUCCUUAUCAAAUAUCACGGUAACAACAACGAAAACGACGAGUUUGCACACUGGGAAUUGGCCGAGAUUUCUACUACGUUGAGAUUGGAGAAGGAGGCUUCCUCGCAGAGCGGCUGGAUGGAGUUGAUUCGCACCCCGGGCAACCGCAAACGCUGUGGGUUAAUCAUCGCGACAGCUAUUUUCUCUCAAUGUAGUGGUAACGGCUUGGUGUCGUACUAUCUUUCUGUCAUUCUCAGUACCAUCGGAUUCAAAGACUCGAUCACUCAAGCGUACAUCAACGGCGGCCUUACAAUUUGGUCUUGGCUUGUCUCCCUUACUGCAGCCUUCUUUGUCGACCGGAUCGGACGCCGUGUGCUCUUCCUCUUCGCUGGUGUGGGCAUGUUGAUCUCCUUCUCCAUUUGGACAGCCUGCAGCGCGGUAUACGCCCAAACCCAGUCAGCCUCAGCAGGUAUCGCUGUUGUUGCCAUGAUCUUUGUCUUCUACGGUGUCGCCGGAGCUGCAUGGCCUGGUCUUACCGUGUCUUACACGGUCGAGAUUCUGCCAUUCAAUAUCCGUGCUAAGGGUCUCAACCUAUGCUUUUGUUUCACUGCUCUCAGUGGUGUUUUCAACCAAUGGGUCAACCCAUUGGGGCUUGAGCAGUUGGGAUGGCGGUUUUACUUUGUCUAUAUUGUUAUUCUGGUCAUCGAGUGUCUGGUCAUAUAUUUCUUCUUUGUCGAAACUAAGGGUCCGACCCUGGAGGAGAUCUCCAUGCUUUUCGACGGGAAGGACUCUGCGGCUGGACUUGCCAGGAUUCACGCCCAGACAAAGGUCGGAGAAGUUGAGAAGAGAGGGAUGGCGUAA